AUGGCUGAGCUAAUCAAAGUAAAACAGAAACACCUCCAAACCCCUCUCUCCAGGCUGAAGUGCAUGAUUAGAGAUAUUGACGAGAGUAAUGUGGAUUAUGAGCAGUUUAAGAAGAAUUUAGAGUACACUGCUUCUUUACUGGAGGCUCUUUACCGUGACGAAACAAGGCAGUCCCUGGACAUGGAAGAUCAGCUCCAGGAGCUGAGACCAGAUAGUGUGCCCAAAGAGGUCCAUAACUGGCUGGCCUCCACAUUCAUGCAGCAAGCACGCAGACCCCUCCGUUACCCAGACUACAAACCAAGUUUCCGCAGUAUUGUCCAUGCUGUUCAAGCUGGAAUAUUUGUAGAGAGAAUGUUCCGCAAGAUGUCCUCUACUGCUAUGACAGACCAGCCUCUGGCAGUGGUAAACUGUCUAAGGGAGGUGGAUCGGUGGAAUUUUGAUGUCUUUGCAUUAGAUGUUGGCAGCUCAGGUCAUGCCUUGAAGACACUUUUCACUGAGCUGAUGAUCAGAUAUGAGCUCAACAGUCGAUUCAAGGUGCCCAUUUCUUGUUUGAUGUCUUUUCUGUGUGAACUGGAGCAGGGUUACAACAAACACAACAACCCGUACCACUGCCAGACACAUGCAGCUGAUGUAACACAGACACUGCACUGCCUGCUUCUGCGCACUGGCCUUGUGCAUUGGCUUACAGAACUGGAAGUCUUAGCAUCAUUGUUUGCUGCUGCCAUUCAUGACAAUGAACACACAGGAAAUACCAAUAGCUUCCACAUUCUUACCAGGUCUGACUUGGCUAUAACCUACAAUGAUCGCUCAGUCCAGGAAAGCCACCACCUCAGUUCUACAUUCUGCAUCUUACAAAAUGAACAAAUGAAUAUUUUCACCAAUCUCUCACGAGAAGAAUGGGUAGAACUACGUUCCCUGGUUAUAGAAAUGGUGCUGGCAACAGAUAUGUCAUUCCACAUUCUUCAGGUCAAAGCAAUGAAGCACAGCUUACAGCAGCAAGAGCGAGUUGAUAAAGCCAAAGCACUGUCCUUCCUCCUACACACGGCUGACAUCAGUCAUCCAGCCAAGCCCUGGGUGCUGCACUCACGCUGGAGCAAAGCACUUACAGAUGAACUCUUCAGACAGGGAGAUAAGGAAGGAGAACUGGGUUUAACCAUCUCACCGCUUUGUGACCGAAACACUGCCCCAGUAGCUCAGUCUCAGAUUGGCUUUAUUGAUUUCAUUGUGGAUCCCACAUUCUCACUGUUAAUGGACAUGGCAGAGAAGAUCAUUAUACCUCUGGUCCAAGACAAUCCUGAACCUCCUGAACCCAUCAACCGACACAGUUCCCUCUGGAAGGAGAGCUCCAGGGGCCUACAGUGGAGUCUACUUCACAUCACUACGGAGCUUGUGAGCUUUAGGUUGACAUGGACACGCCAUACAGAGGACAACAAGUUCAGAUGGAGAGAAAUCGAAACAGGACGGACAUCUGGUGACGUUUCCACGGAGGAAUCUUCUACCAGUACAGUAAAGCCAUUACAGGAAUACUCAGAUCACUAAAGAUGUUAAAGAUGUUCAGAUGGUGUUCAGAAUACAUUUGAACAUACACAAACUAAUCACUUCAGCAUUUAAGUGCAUAUACUAACUGUUCACUCAAGGUUCUUGUUCACAAGGUACUGUCCACUCAUUUACUUGUUUUACGUGUAACCUCCAAAAGUGCAACAUGCUCUAGAAAUUAUUGCUCUGGCAUUAUUUAUUUAU